ACGCUCCAUUGCACUCAAAGGUUUCCAUGGCGAUCCAGCUGAACAGUCGGACGAAAGCCAAAGACAUCUUGGCAAGGUUUCAGUGCGAAAACAGUAACGGAACACCAGACAGUGACAGAAUAAACAACCAAAGUUUAUAUGAAAUAGGAGGAAAUAUAGGAGAGCAUUGCCUGGAUCCAGAUACCUAUAUGUUGGAUGUGUACAAUGUGAACCCUCGCGCAGAAUGGAUUUUAAAGCCAAAAAACAGCUGAAAAUGUGAAGGUGAUUUGAAGGACAUGCUUUACAAAUGCAGUAGACUGCGCCAAUGGAAUGCAGAAGACUCUGAGCAAUAGGAACAAUAAUGAUGGAGACUCGGCUCAAGACUUUGAAAAGAAA